GGGGGGGGGAGCUGCGCUGCGGCCGCGGCGGCUGUUCUCCCGGGAGCGAGCGAACGGCCCUUUCCCCGCCUCCCUUUCCUUCCCCUCCCAUUGACUGAUUCAAGCCGAGCGCUUCCCACUUCCGCCCCCUCUGCCUGCCACUGGAACUAGCAAAGCCCAGCAAGUUGCGGCCGCCGACCAGCCGGCGCUCCCCUCCUCCUCUCCUCCUCUUCCUCUCUCCUGUCCUCUUCCCUGGCCGCCGCAGCCGCCGCCGCCCCCGAGGCCUCGUGACGCCGAGCCCGCAGCCCACGCCGCGGCCGACAUGAGCUUCUUAUUUGGUAGUCGCUCCUCUAAAACAUUUAAACCAAAGAAGAACAUUCCAGAGGGUUCACACCAGUAUGAGCUCUUAAAGCAUGCAGAAGCCACACUUGGCAGUGGCAACCUCCGGAUGGCUGUCAUGCUUCCUGAGGGGGAAGAUCUAAAUGAAUGGGUUGCAGUGAACACUGUGGAUUUCUUCAAUCAGAUCAACAUGCUUUACGGAACAAUCACAGAUUUCUGUACAGAGGAAAGUUGUCCGGUGAUGUCAGCUGGCCCAAAAUAUGAGUAUCAUUGGGCAGAUGGAACAAACAUAAAGAAGCCUAUUAAGUGCUCUGCACCAAAGUAUAUUGAUUACCUGAUGACUUGGGUUCAGGAUCAGUUGGAUGAUGAGACGUUAUUUCCGUCAAAAAUUGGUGUCCCAUUCCCGAAGAAUUUCAUGUCGGUGGCAAAAACUAUACUCAAACGCCUCUUUAGGGUUUAUGCUCAUAUUUACCAUCAGCAUUUCGACCCUGUGAUCCAGCUUCAGGAGGAAGCUCAUCUCAAUACGUCUUUCAAGCACUUUAUUUUUUUUGUCCAGGAAUUCAACCUUAUUGAUAGAAGAGAACUUGCACCACUCCAAGAACUGAUUGAAAAACUCACCUCAAAGGACAGAUAAAAGGAUGCAGAGCUGUGUGAAUUGUUCCUCAAAUGAAACUGAGGAGUGUAUUUGGAUUUCGUUGUAUUUUAUUUUAUCUCGGUUGUUUUUGUCUUAGGUUUGGGGGGCUUGUUUGGGUUCCUUUUUCUUUAUUCUGAAUAAAUGAAACCAUAUUCAUAUUCUAUUGCUAGAGGAAGCCAAGAACCACUCUCUAUACAUUUGAUGGGGUAAAUUUUGUUUUAGUGGCAUAAAGUUUUUUUUUUAACCUGGUUUUGGUUACUUGUGACAUUUUUGAUGAUACUGUGUGUUGAAAGAAAAUGCUUAUUGAUUGGACUGCUGAUGGAUGGGGGUUGUGUGUUGUGUAAAUUCUGGCCGAUUUUUGAAGUCCCCAAAAGACUUAUGUUUUUAAGUGCCUUGGCAGGCUCACUUCUGAGGUGCAAAGCACAGACAUGGAACUGAACAGGACUUGAAACAAUAUUAGGAUCACUAUCCAGGGCACUUACUGAUGCAUGUUUUAAAAUACCUAUGAUAAAAGCCAUAGUUUACUUAAAUUGGUGAUUUCCAGCUUUUACUACAUUGAAAAACACAAUUUGUAAAGGUGUGCAUGUAGAACAUACAAAAUUAGUAUUUCUUAAUUAUUUUUGAUAUUGAUGGUAAUUCUGUUCAAAUACCUAAAGUUCUACAAGCAGGUCUUUGUCCAUCUCUUGAUAUCUGUGAUAUUGAAACUUCAGGAUGUUGAAAUGUAAAUACCUAUUGGAUUUCGGCUUCUUUCUACAUGUUAACUGCACUGUGGGUAUAAAAAUUCAGGUUAUAUGUAGGUUUGCCAUCUUCAGAGGUGAUGCUGAACUGUGAGAUUUCUUAGCAAUUGCCAAAUGAGCCAUAAGUCUGCAGCAUCCCCUUCCACUUUGAAGAGGAGGGGAUAGGAGUGUGUGUUUGUUUGUGGAGGUUAAUUUGUAUGGGGAGUUAGGGAUGGGGUUAAGUACGGGGAGUCAAGAAAGUCCUGUCUUAAAACCCGUGAAUAGAAUGGCAUGGAGAUUUUAAUCAGUUUCUUGUAAACAAAGUCUUAGAGACUUCCUUUUAGGAAUCCACUUCCAUGAGAAGUUAAAGAUAAAUUAUUAAUUUUAGGUAUAGACAUUAAACAUGGAAUUUAAGGACUGUUUGAGGAAAUUAAUCACUUUCCAGCAUUUCCAUUCAAUGAAUGGAGCUGGUGUUUGCCUGUCAUUUUAAAAUGAUACAGUACCUUCUUUGCUUAUUAUUGUCUCAAUUUGAAGCAUUCUGCCUUCUGAUUUUUCCACUAUGAAAGGAAUUUUUUUUUGCAGUGAUAUUAAACAAUGAAAGUGCUAAUUCAGUAAUUAACUUUUACAUUUUAUUUGCCAUGACUUUCUAGUGAAUUAUCCCCAUAAGUAAGAAGUUUGGAAACUUAGUUUUUAAAAUAAAUAUUACCUUUUCACUUUAGUUUUAUUCUUGAGAAAUAUCCUUUUCAGACUUCCAGUUUUAAUUGUCAUUUCUGAUAAGUAUGUUUCCUUCAGUUAGAAAUAUAUACUCUUCCUUCGGUUAGAAGUAUAUACCGUUUUUCUUGUAGAAUAGAAAUCUUGCUCUGAAAUUGUAUAGACUAAAAACAGUAGAAAAGAAUCUAAAAUGAAAUCAGUUUGUUUUUGCCAUUAACAAGUAAAGCAGUAAUAUAAUUUAUUGCCAUUAUAAUUAUGAUCACUAGGAGCUCCCUUUUUCUCCACUUCAUUUCUAAUAGUCAUUCCGCAAGUACCAACAGUGGCAGUAACAGGAGAGCCUGGCAGAGGCAAAUAUAUUGGAGAUUCAUUGGUAAUGCUUAUUUCUAAACUGCAGUGAGAACUAGCUGAUUUCCUUAGAAUAAAUCUUUUAGUAUCCAAAUAGGUAACAUCAGCAACUAUAGGUUGAUUCGCAAAUAAAAUUUUCUAUCAAGUGAUUUGGGGUCCUGUUUAGCAAAAUGAACCACGUGAUUACUCAGUAGUCUUCCGUACUGCAUUUAACUUCGUAUCAACCUAGUAACAAAGGGGUUUCAAUAGCCAAGUGUAGAGAGAAUAGUGAAAAAUUUUCUUGCUCUUUUAAGCCUUAUACAGUAGUACACUGUAAAAAAUAGGAAAAUGUUUCUAUAAAUUAUUGUUUAGUAGUAGGACCUACUUUCCCACUGUAUGUAGAUAGGAGUUUGUUGUCACUGUGCCAGAAUCUCAGGUGCCUGCUUCUGAGUAUUCCUUUAAACAGAGGUAUUGGGAAGUAAGGAGAUAUGUGUGUGUAUAUAUAUGGUAACAAAGUGGAGAAGUUCUCCCAGGGAGAGGCCUGGCGUUGUACAUGAUGUUACAUGGCUACAAGUAAGGAGAGACUCACCAAAGCAAGUGAGAAAUAACUGAUUUGAGAAAAAGUGGCUUUGAUUUGUUUGGUUCCCAUGAGCAUUAGUAAGAUGCCCUUUAUAAAAUAAGGAUCAAAUCUUGGUUUUGCAGCAGAGUUUGCUUAUAAACGUCUAUUGGAAUUGUUCCAAUUCUUUCAAUUUGUAAAUGAUCAAGAUAAUGAUUUCCCUCCUGCUCUUUACACAGAGAUAUAAAGCAGAAGGUGGUUUUCUCAUCUGCUGAUAAAAGCAUAAAAUAUAAAGUAGUAGGUUAACAUAGUAUUAUUGGCACAAUGCUUUGGUUAAAUGUUGAUAUGAAGCAAGUUUUAGGAAUUAUUUUAAAUGAUGGAGUAAUGGUGGUACAGAGAAAUUAAUAACAAAGAGUGAAAAUCUUGUAGUUAGCGGUAGAUGGUGCUACUGGCUUGCAUUUGCUGGCUUAUGAUUCUGUUUCCCAUAAAAACCAUGGCGUUAGACUGCACUGAAACAGUGAGCAUGCAUUAGUUAGUGGGAGAGGCUUUGGAGGUGCGUUUACCUCCAAUUGAAAGAUUUUAGGUUGUGCUCUUUCUCUACCUUUGUUUGUCAUUUGUAACAUUCUGAAUAGUAAAGCGUAAAAUGCAGUAGGGAGGAGAAGACAUGGUCAGUGUAUAAUAUAUCUCAGACUGAGUUACUGCCUGGCUUAUCAGGAAAGAUAAAGCACUACAAUCUCUUAUUUUCAGGAAAUACAGAUGAUGUGGAUAUUUAUAUUUUACAUAUAAUCACUAGACUCCAUUUAUGUACUAGCAUUUUCCUUGCUUAUGGGAAAAUAGCAUAAUGACAGAUUUCCUUUAUACCUUUGUCUACACCCUCUCUGAGAGAGGUUUUGAUAACCACUGAAAUGGUAAAAUAUGUGAGAUACAAUUAUUAAGUUGUAGGACUUUCUUUUAAAAUAAAUGUCAUACCUUAAAUAUCCAAAUGAGAGUUGAUCUUUAGAGUGGUUCCUUUGGAAGCACUCCUUAUUCCAGCUGUGCUGCAAAGGUGUAAUGUUUUGGAGAUGCUUUGAGAGAUGCCUUGAGAAUUGGAUUAUGAUUAUGCAAGAAAAUCUAUUUUAGUUGCACCAAAAACGUGCUUGACAGCUUAAUAUGACCUAUCUCAUUCACAAAACCAACUCUACUUUGCUGCUUUCUUAGAACUAAACCAUUAGGGAAGUUCAAAAGAACUUCCUGCCACAGGCUCUGAAUUUGCAGAGGAGAAUGUUUUGAGCAUCGGAAUGGUUUCCCAAGGUCACUGCUUUGAAGAGGACAGUAUCAUUUGGAUGAAUAGGUUAUAUUUUACUUUUUUAAAUUUAGUUUAAUUACCUUGCAGUUAAAUAUGAUAAUAGAAAAAAUCAAUGUCUUUCUCUUGUUUUCUAUUUUCUGUUCCUUUCCCUGAUAAUUUUUGAAUUCUAUCUUGCCUGCUGUAGGAUAGUUUUGAUUGAAGGGAUAGUAAGAAAAAAUAGAUCCAAUAUUUAAGAUAGAAGUAGCUUAAGGGAACAAUAGCUUUUACCUCCAUCCUUUCUUUAAAACAUAUUUUUGCUCAAACGAACAAUUUGAAUUUAAAGACUGGAGAUCAUUGUACAAAGAAAUUGGAAUAAAUUUUAUAUAUAAAUUAUGCUGAGUUUUAAGCCUACAUAUUACAGAUCAAGUAUUUAAAAAUUGUAUAAUCAUUUUAUAUAUUGUUUGUAACUUUAAAAUUUUGAACAUCUUUUUAAAAGAUAUGGGACCAGAAAUGUAUUUGUAAUUUGAAAAUGUGACCGCAUAUACUGAGAGGAAAACUUAACUUAUUUUGAAACUUAUCUGGGUUUUGAAAGAAUAUACCAAUUCUUAGAAACACUAUUCUAGAUCUUUACUUUAGGGACCACUCCUAAAAUAAUUUAAAUAUCUGAGUUUUGUCAUAAUGUUAAGAUUCACCAUUGGAAUUACUGUUGUUCAGCUAUCAGUUUAGUGGUGUAUGAGAUAAACGUUUAGAGGUAAAGCUAUCUCAAGAUUUAGUGAAAAAGUUUAAUUUUAAGAUAUAAUAACAAUUCUGACUAAAGACAGUUUGAAUUUUUAAGGCUUUCCUAAUAAGCUAAUCAUAGAGAAGAAUUCAUUUCGAAGGUAUUAAACUGUGCUCCAUGUCUGCCACUUGUAGUUGAACUGAUACUUAAAUUUUGACGAGAGAGAGAAAAAUACGGAUUAAAAUAUGGAGUACUUUCAGUUUUGCAAGUAUGCUGUUUCUUUUUCUGCAUAUUAUACAAUAGAAAAUCUUGGAUUACAGUUCUCAAAGAUAGGUAGUGAAAUCAUUGGCCUUUUCUAACUAUAUGUUUACCUGUCAUCUCCUCCUUGGUGGUAAAUUACUUCCUUACUGCUAUUGAUUUCCUAUAUCCCCACCCCCAACCCCCAAUAUACACUUGGAAAACAAAGGUGAUUUUGCAGUUUCUUAUUGUUAGUGAUUCUGGAGUACUUGCUGUUAAUACAUACGUUUCAGCUGAAAUGUUGAAAGAUGCAAUUUACAUAAGCAUUUUUGGUUUAUUUUGGUUGAUAGCUUUCUUUAAAUUAUGUCACUGAAGCUGAGAUUAUUAGUGAUAUAAAUUUAAAUUUUUGUUAAUAUUUAAUUUCUCUUAUAUAUUAUUAAAUUCUUAUAUGUGAAUGUUUCUUACAGGUUUGCACGUUUUCAUUUUUUUUUGUUUCUGAAAUACUUAAUUGUGCAGGUUGUAAAUUAGUGCAUUUUCAUUUUAAGAACACUUUUUCUCCUUAAAUUGUUCUGCAUAGAUAACUAUUUUUAGGGGAAAUAGUUUUUUACAGCCACUAAAUUGUAUUUGUUAUUUUUGUACAUGCAUAACUCGUGUGGUAAGGGCACUAAUCUUGUGGGGAACACAUAACUUUUGUUCUGUUUGAACUUUUCCUAUACAUUGUUACUUAAAAUUAUCUAGGAACGGCAUCAUAAAAUCUAGGUUGGGAGAGAAUACAAUAAACAUGAGAACACUUAAAGUUUGAAUAGAAAUCAUUUCUGAGGACAAAAGCAAAAGAAUACUGCCAGUGCCAUAUAUUGGAAGCAUAGGGGCAGCGUUCACACUGGGCAAGUUUUGCAGAGCACGCAUAGACAGGGAUCCUGUUCUCACGGAGAUAGGCAGUUUCUCUCUAUCGUAGAGUAGUUAGAAGGGUAAAAUGGUCUAAAACAUGAAAUGCAGUGUGGGCGCUAUGUUGUAAACUGUGCCAAGAUUACUCAAGUUAUAGUUAUUAUUGAUCAAAGUUUAACUGCUUUUUAUUUUAAACUGAAUGUCAGAAAAUCUGUAAUAUGUUUUAAUUGAGAGAUGUAAAUAAUGUAUACAGACUUGUAUGUGAUGGGAUGGGAAAUAUUUAAAGUCUAGGGUUUUUUUAAAGCAAGAAACUGAAUGUUUAUUAAAAAAUUAAUAAAUAGUUAUGUUUGGCCAUGAAUCCUGA